AUGGCGAGUCUGGCCAAGCUGUCAGAUGCACAUGUUCUUCUCCUCGCGGUUGAACACACCUCGAACGGCAAUCUUGAGGCUCUUCACACCCUCAUCAAACAGUGGCCCAAAGUGCUGUCGCGAACUAUAGCAUACCGCCUCGUGUUAUCCUUCUACCCUGUCGACUCACCGGACCAGACCGCUCUUGUCGACUUCCUCAAUGCCUUGAACGGCGGACAGGCACAUUCAGAUGACUUUUCAAGCAUCAAUGUCAAUCCCUUGAUAUCGUCACUUUCGCGAGAUGAUGCCGCUCGACAGUGCCGAACAUUGAAACUACAGUCUAUUCCUGAGCACACCCCUCAAGACACUGAUAAAGGUCUUGCCAGCUUCGUGAUUGAAUGGGCCAGACGACUAGAGGCCCUCGGUGGCACGUUACAACCUCUCACUGCCUUCAUUGAACAGUUUGUCACGCUAAGUCCGGAUCUUCAGCUCUGGUACGAGACCAACCUUGUUCCGAUACUUCGACUUCAAUAUGACUUCUAUCCGGAUAACGAGGACUGCAUACAACUCCGAGAACUGGAAAAAAUGACGGUCCAAGAAGGAGUGAACUCACUUUUGCAGUGUGCCAAAAGAACACAUAAUGCAGCCGACAUUGCAAGAGAUCUGGAUCGUGUUGUCGCACCCUGGGUGGUUGGGGCCAGCCACCGAAAGAGAAGGAGGGUCGAGGGUGAGACCGAUACCUCGGAACAGGGGCAACAACCAUGGGAGUACGUUAACGACUGGUUGAUCAAUGAAGGCGUGGCGGAUUUUGCAGUUGCAGCAAGGACAUUCGUUGAAUGGGAGGGUCCCCCAGAAGAGCAAGGAGUGUCAGGUCAUGUGACGAGUUAUGCUCGAGCAGGUCUCGCAAUCAUCUAUGGUUGCGCGGAAAGCUCUCAGGAUACUCUGGCAAUGUCUUGGGACGUGCUAUCAAAGGCUGCCAAGCUGGGAGGGGCGGCGAUGCCGAACCUGUCAACAUCCAGGCCAACUGUGUCAUUGGAUGAGGCUUUUGUGAGGGAACUGCAAGAUUUAGAUCUGCUCCCUACUUCUCUACCAAAAAGGACGAAUCAUUUCACGCAAGUUACGCCGUCCUCGACUCAACUUGUGGGAGGCGUGCUGGCUACUGCUUCUUUCUUGACGGAAUUAGGAUUGGCAUCAUCCUUUGGUGAAAUUGCUCGAGUAUCUGUCUUUGGAUCAGAGCGACGACACAAGGACGAACUUCGGCGCAUCCUUCAACAAAUUCCUCGUCAGACUCGGAAAGAAAUUGACUGGCGCUCGGUGCGUCUUGACUUGCUCUGGUGCCAGUCUUGGUCACGCACGCCGAUGACUGACCACAACCAAACGCCGGCAUACCUCCGACAGCUGUCCGUCAAGUAUGUUGAAAUGCAAAUCUUGGAUGCUCUUCUGAAUGCAGCACAGUAUAACAUCGUCAAAGAGGUCUACAUCCAUUCGCGCCCCUCUCCUUUAGCUACUUCGGAUGUGGAGGCUCGCGUAGUGGCUUCCAUUUAUGAAGCUUACGACAACGCCAGUAACGGCAACAGGGACCGCGGUGGCAUGAAAAGAGCAAAUGAGAUCCUGCGAGCCUUCAGACCAGAUUUUGCACAGUCUACGGCCUUUGCUGAUAUUGACCACUUGAUUAGAGCGACUCAUAGCCUGUCAUUCUACCACCUGACCUUGCAACAUGGCAUCCCUUUCAGACCUGUGGCCAUUCGCGUGCAGAAAGACCCGCUGACAUUACUGGAAAAGGUCCUCGAGCAAGACCCCAAAGCGUACACAAAGCUGGAUGAUUUGUUGGAGAUUGGAAGGAAUCUUGUUCGAGCUCACUUGCCCAGUCGGGGCUCGCUAGCACAAGAGCUUGACCCCGUCGAACUUCGUGCAUCUGAUGCCGAAAAGAGAAUCACUUAUCAUGCCAUCAUGGCUGCCCUUACCGCCAACGAUUUUGAUACAGCCUAUGCUUAUAUCACGACACGUUUGCCAUCAUCCACCGAAUCUCCAAUGUCUAAUGUCGCGGACGAUAUCUCUUGGCGCGCUGCGUAUGCCGCUGGAAAAUUCAGACCCAGUGUAUCACCGAAGAGUCUGACCUCACAGAUAGAUAGUCUGGCCCAACGCAUGGAGCUGCUCUCUCGGGCUCUCAUGCUCGCUCCUUCGGGGGAGGCAUUGUCUGGCAUUCUAGCCACCUGGAGACGGUACGAGGAAGAGAUGGAGGGGCUGAAGUCGCAGGCAGUGGAAGAAGAGCGCUCAUUUGAUGCCAAGGCAGAUGCCGCACUCCCUGGCGGGUUCGGACUUGAGGAUCGCGAUGCAGAUAGGGAUGAAACGCAGCGUACGAUGGCACGUCGGACGUGGCCAGCUUCACGAGCCGGGCCUUCAUACGAAGAGGAAGCACCAAUGGGUUUGUUUGAUGUUGCUAGAGGCGCAGCUACUGCUCUCAGAAAAAGUGCCGCCUUCCCACUUGGAGCGGGCGGUCUAAAGGGUCUGAAAAUCAGGGAAGUUGGUCAAGGGUCGGAGGGCAGCGUCGGAGAGAGCGCAGCAUCAUUUGCUGACGUUGAGGGCGGAAGGACAAGGAAAAGAGACAUGGUUGCCACCAUGGUCACGAAUAAUCUGGUGAGCGGACUAGGAUGGGUUCUCGGUGCACAACCGCAGGAUCGCGUAGACCGUGUGGACCAGGGAGACGGGUCUGGGUGA